AUCCGCAACAAAAUCCGCAACCCCACGCUUGUUAUGGUGCAUGGAUACGCUGCUUCUCAAGGUUUCUUCUUCAAGAAUUUUGAUUUUCUCGCCAAUUGUUUCAAGGUCAUUGCUAUUGAUCAGCUUGGUUGGGGUGGAUCAAGUAGGCCUGAUUUUACAUGCAAAAGUACUGAAGAAACUGAGGCAUGGUUUAUUGAUUCUUUUGAGGAAUGGAUCAAAGCAACAAAUCUUAGUAACUUUAUAUUACUUGGCCAUUCUUUUGGAGGAUAUGUUGCAGCUAAAUAUGCUCUCAAGGUGAUUGCCUUUAAUUGUUUGAAUGCAACAAGUAGUUUGAUACCACGUUUUUCUUAUUCUAAUGUCCCUUGUGUUAAUCCUGUAGCAUCCUGAGCAUGUUCAACACUUAAUUUUUAGUGGGGGAUGCUGGAUUUUCAUCAGGAUCAGAAGAAAAAUAUGAGUCUGUAAACCGCUUCAGAGAAACAUGGAAGGGGCUAAUUUUGAGACGUUUGUGGGAAUCUAAUUUUAUUCCUCAGAAUAUUAUAAGGUUUGUAAUUUUCUGGUUCUAUUUUGUUAGCCUGACUCACAAAUCAAGCUUUGCUAUUAAACGUUGCUCUGAAUUGCCUUGCUAACCUAUCGCGAUUGAGAAGAAUCAGUGAUAUCUUCAUUGGUUCUUAUGUAGGUUAUUCUCAUUCAUAUUCAUGUUUUGUGUAGGUUACAUCUAUCUUAAACUGUUAUUCGGAUAAAUUUGUAGGUCUCCUUUGUUCUUAUAUGUUGCUGUCAAAGUCCUCACACUCCUAUUUGUUUAAUUGAUUUCCAUAAAUUCUCUUGCCUUUGAUUGCAUUUUUCAUCAAGUAGUUUAAUGUACUACUUUUGAACAUUUAUUGGUUGAUUCUGUAUGCAGAGGCUUAGGUCCUUGGGGUCCAGAUCUUGUACGCAAGUAUACAGGUGCUAGGUUUAGUCCCAGAUAUUCAGUAGAGGGUGUAUUUACAGAGGAGUCUAGACUUCUAUCUUGAA